GGCGGGAGGAGGCGCGCGCAGAGCCCGCGCGGCCUCCAGGGGAUAGAGCGGCUAUAGGCCCUCGGGGCAGGGGCGUACGCUCGGGGGGUCUCAUCCGAGGGGCCUGGAGCGGGCACGCACUCGGCACCCGUGCGGCGGGCCGCGGAGGGGCGUGCGCGCUCGGGACUGCCCCACUGGUCACUCAGAGGGUGGGAGGGGGGCGAGGGCCGGCGCGCGGGCCGGCGCGCACACGAACCUGAGCGGCUCGCCGGAUACGGGAGCGCGCUCCGCCUCCGCCCCCGCCCCUGUUGCCCGGAGGGUGGGAGUGGGCGGGGCACGCGCUCGGACCACGCGCUGCGCUGCGGGGUCUGGGGGCGGUUGGGGACCGCGAUGCGAUGUCCGGCCCUUUCACCCGCGCCAGCGCCGGGCGGCCCUGGGAGGCUCGGGCGCGCCAACCGUCCGCUCCGGGAGGCCGAGUCCCGGCAGUUCCGGUCCAGGGAGUGUUUGCGUUCAGUCCGAGUUCUCACUUUGGUGGAGCAGUGCGACGAGGUCUUCCUGCCCCACGUCUGCGUCGCCUGCAAAGGAGAGUUAACGGAGCUGGAUGCUGGUGAUCGCCGGUUUCUUCAAAGCAGCUCCUCCGGGGACUUUGAUCAGGUGAAUGGGCCGCAAGAGAAAGCUCGGAGACCACUGGACAGAAAGAGUGCGGGGUUCCAGUCCUCGUUAAGGAGGCGCAAAGAGUCGCAACUCUGGUCUCUCUGCCUUCAGUGGUCAGGUAUUGUGCUCCGGUCUGCAGUGUGGUUGGGAUUCCCAGAUUUCGUUGACAACCGCUCCGACGGGAAUGGGACGGACGUCUGGCCGGCUGCGUACUGUGUGGGGAGCGCAAUGUGGGUCCAGCUGCUGUAUAGUGCCUGCUUCUGGUGGCUGUUCUGCUAUGCGGUCGACGCCUACCUCGUGAUCCGGAGAUCGGCCGGACACAGGCAAGGCCCCCGUCUGCUUCCCCCCCCCCCCAGCACCAUGCUGCUCUACCGCCUCGCGGCCUGGGGCCUGGCCGCCCUGCUCUGCGUGGAGGGUGCCGUCCUGCUCUACUCCCCGUCCGUGUCCAGGUGUGAGCGGGACCUGGAGCACGCCGUCCCCCACUAUGUCACCACGUACUUGCCGCUGCUGCUGGUCUUCGUGGCCAACCCCAUCCUGUUCCGGAAGACGGUGACCGCGGUGGCCUCUCUCCUAAAAGGAAGACAGGGCAUUUACACAGAGAACGAGCGGCGGAUGGGUGCCAUGAUCAAGAUCCGGUUUUUCAAAAUAAUGCUGGUUUUCAUCAUUUGUUGGCUGCCGAACGUCAUCAAUGAGAGCCUUCUCUUCUAUCUUGAAAUGCAAGCAGACAUCAACGGCAGCUCUUUGAAACCUGUCAGAAAUGCGGCCAAGAUCACGUGGUUUAUUAUGGGGAUACUGAAUCCGGCCCAAGGGUUUCUCUUGUCCUUGGCCUUCUACGGCUGGACGGGCUGCAGCCUGGAGUUUCGGUCCCCCAGGAAGGAGAUCCAGUGGGAGUCCGUGGCGACGUCUGCUGGCGAGCGGACCUGCCUGUCCCCCGAGGGCUCCCACGUGCCCUGUGAGCAUCCGACCUGCAGGAAGGCGGCGGGGGUCGGUGGGCACACGUCGGACGAGGCGCUGAGCAUGCUGUCUGAAGGUUCCGAGGCCAGCACAGUUGAAAUCCACGUCGCCAGGGAGCCCCGCCACGAAAGGGAGGUUGACUCUGUUCCCCAGCCCCGGGGAGACCUGUGAGGGGUGCAGCGGGUGUCUGGACGCCACGUCCUCGGCCUCGGCCUCCGUUUCUCGGUCUUCAGAAGCGCGUUCUGCCCCCAAAUCUGCUGCCCCCACCCCGCAGGGUUUCCUCCCGAGGAGUGUCUGUGCGGCGAGGGUCCUCGAGCAGGGUCUGGAGCGGAGGGGGAGCGGCUUCUCCAGACGCUUGUGGCCCUUGGCUUUUCCGAGGGGGCCGCCGGCCGUGGGCGCGCAGAUCCGGGCCUUGCAGAACUCGAGUGAAUAAACGAGCAUCGCUGUGACCGAG